AUGCGGCGUCUCUUCUUGUUUGCUCCGUUGCUCCUUCUGCACUGCACCCUUGUUACUCAUGCUGUGACAGAGCACCACCGCUGCAUGUUUCACAGAGUGUCCAAACUUGUUGGUGCUGAACCUAAAGGUGACGAUUUAAAGGAAAUGACAAGAUUAAACCUUCGUAGGGAUACCAGAUCGUCACAAAGUAUGAGAACCAAGACCCCUGCAGGCAGAGAAGAACGUAUUGCGGAUGAAUGGAAACCGAUUCGCAUUAAACUUGUCACUGAUAUUUUGAGAAAAGAUGGACAUUACUGUUCAGAUGGCGUGACACAGAUUAAUACCUCACUAAAGAACAGUUUUAAUUGUACAGAAGUUGAUGUUUUGACGCCAGAGAAGAAGAAUAUUCUUGUUAACGAGAUUCUUCCUGAGGCAAUUAAACUGCAUGAGGAACGCCUUUUUGUUAAACCAUUGAAUGGUCCUAUUGUCGUGCCGCAGUUCUCAGAGUCUAAUGGUCUUUGUUCCCAGCUUAUACCGGAAGAACAUAAACACAAAACCACAGGUGUUCCAGAGGCUGAUAUGGUGCUGUUCGUUGCUGCAGAGCCGACAACUGAGGGAGCAUUUGCGUGGGCGGCAACAUGUGCGACAUUGGGUCUUGAUGGCCGUCCAGUUGUUGGGAUCAUUAAUUACGGUCCACGGUAUAUUGUGGCCACACCACAGCGUGUCCGCGUUGCUGCUCAUGAGAUUGCCCAUGCACUUGGCUUCAAUUCCCAGUUGAUGGAAAGGAAAGGUAUGGUGGGUGAAGUUAAUUCAUUGAGUGGUAGGCCGUUCGUUGCGCUUGUCACCUCUGACAACACACGGAGAGAGGCAAUGGAGCAUUAUAAAUGUGAUACUGCAGAGGGCAUGGAACUGCGAAGUGUGCCAAUUCCGCGAAAUCCGAUUGGUAAAGGAGGAUUUGGAAGUAGAGGGAAUGGCCAACGUCAAAAUGUACGUGGAAUUGUAACACCAUCUGGAGCAGCUGACGCUACGUCGCGUAAUCUAAAACGAGGGCGUGUUGAGAGUGGACGACCACCACAAACACAACGACUAGAGCCGCGCGUCCUGACUGCAAGUGUACAAGAGGAGUAUGAGGUGGGAGAAUCACACAGUAAUGUUUUGGAUUAUCGUUUGACAGGGGAGGAGUCUGUUGGCAGUGAUGUGCAAGAGAGACGUGGAGAAGAGGGUUCCAGUGCUUCUAAGUUUACAGAGAAUGUACAUCAUUCAUCAAAUGUGUUGUCAAAAAGACAUUCAAUAUACCUUCAAGCUACAGUGGCCGCAUCUCCAACCACAUGCGGUCGUGGCAAACCAGUGGAGACUUUUGCGGGUGCUACAGAGUGUAUUGUUGAGACAGUACAAUUUCCUCCAAACUUUGAACCUAACAAAAGAUUGAUCACAUUGUCGCACUGGAGUCGUCGUAUUGCAAAGGACGAGUUGAUGACUGGUCUUGUCGGUGCUGGGUACUACACCGCAAUUACAAUGGGAGCUUUCGCUGAUCUGGGCUACUACAAAGUUAAUUGGACAAUGGCAGAGCAGAUGAGUUGGGGCAAUAACUCUAAGUGUGAAUUUUUGAAUAAUAAGUGUGUUAACAGCGGGGAAACGAAGUUCUCCAACAUGUUCUGCACAACCAAAUCCACUGACGGACCUGCAGGACUACAGUGCACAUCUGAUCGCCAGUCGCUGGGAAGGUGCAGCAUUCAAACCUAUGAGAGGGACCUUCCAGGUCACUUCCAAUACUUUUCAGACGGUAAAUUGGGGGGCAACAAAACUGAUCUGAUGGAUUAUUGCCCUUUUAUUACAGCAGAGAAAGGUUACAGCUGCAUCAAUGGUGAGGAGGGUAUUAAAAUGCCUGGAAGUGUAAUUGCUAACAACUCACGCUGUGUGGAGGGUAAAGAUCUAAAGGCUAACAACAAUGCAGCAGUUGGUGCCGUGUGUGUGGAGGUGUCUUGCAAGUUCAACAAGGUAAUUGUGCGGUAUAGUGGAAACGAUAAGUGGUACAGUUGUCCUGAAGAAGAAAAUCUAACUUUGAAUGGGACUGUACUGCAGGGUGAAAUUGUGUGCCCCAAAUACGCUGAUGUGUGCAAUACAAUCAACAAAACUCUGGAUGAAUCACAAGGUCCAGAAAAAGACCCAGACAUUGUUGAAGCAGUCCAAACAAGUGAAACAGAAGUUGAGAAAACCACUGCACUGUCGGAUGGUACUCAACCAGUCACUGAGGCCACUGGAACCGCAAGACCAAGUGAAAGUGCUGCUGGUAGCGAGGAGGUUACAGCGCCGGUGGUACAAAAUGGGGUAAGUACGACCAUGGAAGCAAACCGCAGCGAAACUAAGGAAGAAAGCAUUACCUCAUUUUUGAAUGGCCAGAAUACUAAUGUUACUCUGAAGAAAGGCAUUGAUGGUUCUUUUAAAGUUUCUUCUGUCGCGAGUGUUAUGUUUGUUUUCUUGACACUUUCUGUGAUAAUGCUGCCAUGA